AUGGCAGCUCCACCAACGACACUCAGCGUCUCUGGCAAGACAGCAAUUAUCACAGGGGCCGGCUCUGGCAUUAACCUCUGCUUCGCCAGCCUCCUCCUUUCCCGUAACUGCAACGUCCUCAUAGCAGACCUCAGCUUGCGUCCUGAAGCACAGAAACUGGUGGACGAACACUCCGCCAAAGAUACGGACAAAGCCCACGCCGUCUUCGUCAAAACAGACGUCACAAAAUGGCCUGACCUUCAAAGCAUGUUCGACGCCGCCUACGCCGAAUUCGACGGCUUCGACAUUGUCUGCCCGGGUGCUGGCGUUUACGAACCCCCUUGGUCCAACUUCUGGCACCCGCCUGGCAGCGCCUCCUCCCGGGACCCUGCUGCCGGCGAGAAAGGCGCUGGCGGGUUGGGCCACUACGCGCUGCUCGACAUCAACAUUACGCACCCUAUCCGGGUGACGCAGCUCGCGAUCGCCGAGUUUAUUUCGCCGCGCGAAGGCAGCAAGAUGGGCGGGCCGGUUAGCGUGACGAAUCCGAAGAGGAUAGUGCAUAUUAGCAGUAUUGCCGGCCAAUUAGCGAGUCUAGUAGCGCCGAUGUAUCAUGCAUCCAAAUGGGCUAUCAGCGGCUUCAUCCGCUCGCUUGACUCGCUGGACUCCACGCUUGGGAUCAGGGUUAAUGGCGUCGCGCCGGGGCUGAUCAAGACGCCGCUCUGGACUGAGUCGCCUGAGAAGAUAAAGUAUGUAGACGAGAGUAGGGAUGCGUGGGCGACACCUGAGGAGGUGGCGGAAGCCAUGUUGGCCUGUGUGGAGGAUGAGCGGUAUCGAGGGGGAACGGUGCUGGAGGUUGGACACAAGCAGACGAGGAUGAUAGGAAUGCUGAAUGAUCCAGGGCCGAGCGGGGAGGGUCAUAUGGUUAGUCACAUGCAGAAGGGGAUUGAUGAGGUGUUUGAGUCGUUGAAGGAGGAUGGAUGGGGUAAGGGUGGAAAGUAG